CAAUACUUUGCAUUAUUGUGAAGAACGAAACCGUACGCCAGUGCUCAGUGAUAUUAGGGGGAGUUCAAUUGGUGGAAGAGAACGUCAUGUCGUUUUAGGGAGGACCACCGUCUCUGUUCCCUGAUACACCAAAACGACACAAGACAUACAUAUUCAUAAAUUACCAUGGUGGUCGCCAGAGGAAGACCUGUCACCGGUGUCCUUGGGUGGUCGGACAUGAAGGGUCUGGCCAUGCAGGUGAUCGGCAGCCGAUGGUUCGUGGUGUUUGCGUCGUUUUUGGUUAUGGCGGCGGCGGGAGCCACCUACAUGUUCGGCUUGUACUCGCCGGACAUAAAAUCUGCUCUGGGCUACGACCAAACCACCCUGAACCUGCUGAGCUUCUUCAAGGACGUCGGCGCCAACGUGGGCAUCCUCUCCGGGCUGAUCAACGAGUUGACGCCGCCGUGGGUGGUGCUGGUGAUCGGCGCCGUCCUCAACUUCUUCGGCUACUUCAUGAUAUGGCUCGGAGUGACCCAAAGAAUUUCGAAACCCAAAGUUUGGCAGAUGUUCCUCUACAUCUGCAUAGGAGCCAACUCGCAGACGUUCGCGAACACAGGGUCUCUGGUAACAUGUGUGAAGAACUUCCCGGAAAGCCGAGGCGUAGUUCUCGGCAUUCUCAAAGGCUACGUCGGUCUGAGCGGAGCCAUCAUCACUCAACUAUACCACGCCUUCUACUUCGACGACACUAAAGCUCUCAUCCUCCUCAUCGGCUGGCUUCCGGCCGCCAUCUCCUUCGCCUUCCUCCGCACCAUCCGCUACAUCACCCCGGUCCGACACCCCAACGAGCUCAAGGUCUUCUACAACUUCCUCUACAUCUCCCUCGGCCUCGCUGGAUUCCUCAUGAUCAUUAUCAUCGUCCAGAAACAGACCAACUUCAACCAGUCCGAGUACGGCCUCAGCGCUGCCGUCGUUCUCUUCCUCCUCUUCCUCCCCCUCGCCGUCGUCUACAUCGAGGAGUUCAAGCUCUGGCAAGCCAAACGCCUUGCCCUCCUCGAGCCCGUCAAGAACAUCGUGGUCGCCGACCCGCCGGAGAUAACCGAGACCAGUGCUCGUAAAAGUUCAAGUACUACUUCCGGUGAUAUAACCAAAGCAAGACGAGAAGGUCAACCAGAGAUAAGGUGGUGGCAAAAUGCUUUCAGCCCGCCGGAGAGAGGCGAGGAUUAUACUAUUCUCCAAGCACUGUUCAGUAUCGACAUGAUUAUACUGUUCUUGGCUGGCAUUUGUGGGAUCGGAGGGACGUUGACUGCGAUUGACAAUCUGGGUCAGAUUGGGGCAUCCUUGGGUUACCCGAAGAACAGUAUAAGCACGUUCGUGUCACUGGUGAGCAUUUGGAACUACCUAGGACGUGUCUUCUCAGGUUUCGUGUCUGAAUAUUAUCUGUCCAAGUAUAAAUUCCCUCGUACACUCAUGCUCACUCUGAUACUCAUAGUGGCGUGUGCGGGACAUAUUCUGAUAGCCUUCAACGUGAAGGAAGGUCUCUACGUAGCUUCUGUGAUCAUUGGGUUUAGUUUUGGAGCACAAUGGCCUCUGAUUUUUGCUAUCAUAUCUGAGCUAUUUGGGCUAAAGUACUAUUCAACUCUGUAUAAUUUUGGCGGGUCAGCUAGCCCGAUAGGGUUGUACAUUCUUAACGUGAGAAUCACUGGUCAUUUGUAUGAUAAAGAAGCUAAAAAGCAACUUGCAGCUUUAGGGUUACGAAGAGAGGAAGGCAAAGAGUUGGUUUGUGUUGGGGCAGAAUGCUUCAAGAUGUCAUUUAUAAUCAUCACAGCUGCAACUUUCUUUGGUGCUCUUGUAUCUCUCAUUUUAGUCGCCAGAACAAGGAAGUUCUAUAAAGGUGACAUCUAUAAGCGGUUCCGUGAGGCCGCCGCUGCUGAGGAGUCUGCCGCACCUGUGACGACGGAGAUGGAGACCAAAAACACAGUCAUGCCGGCAGAGAACGGUAGCGCCGGGACCAGAGAAGCCAACCGCGAGAAGGAAAUAGAGAUGAAGGGUUAAUUAGGAAUAGCACAUCUUGUGUAGAUAGGAACGAGAAAAUUAAUUAAUGGAUGCUCGCUUCAUAAGGUUGUCCGCGUUAGUGUAAAAUGGUGAUGAAUCUUGGAUUUCACAAAGAGCUGCAAAAUUUUGUUAUUUUCUUUUCUUUGUAUCUUGCUCCAUAUUCUAUUCAACGUGGAAUAAAAUAUGGCAGUGAUGGAUUUGAUAAUUAUUGUAAUAAUCUGCCAUUUUUUAUGCAAGUUUUCCUUAAUUUGCCUUUUAA